AUGGGGACGGGCGUGCUCCCCAUCGUUUUCCACCAACUGCCCUACGGCAUCGCCGAAGCCCUCUACUGGCCGAGCGUCGCCCUGCUCGGACUGAACGUCCUCCUCCUCCUGCUAUUCAGCAUCGUCACCAUCCUCCGAUACGUCCUGUACCCAGGUGUGUUUAACCUCAUGCUGCAGCACCCCCGCGAGUCCCUGUUCGUCGGUACGAUCCCGAUGGGGUUCACCAAAGGGUGGGGAGGGGACGCGCUCCUAGUUUUCCUCUGGGCCGUGUUCUGGGUCGUCAUCAUCUCGAGCGCCGUGAUCUGUGUGUGGAUGAUUCAUGUCGUGUCAACGAAGCAUCCUCUCACAUUGGACAUGAUCACCGCCACCAUCCUUCUCCCUUUCGUCCCACCCAUCGUUACCUCCGCCCUAGGCGCCCAAGUCGGAACAGCACUUGCUGCUUCGCACCCGGGACGUGCCCAACUGACCCUCUUCGUCUCUUAUGCGUCCCUCGGCCUCGGCUUGCCAACAGCUAUGCUCUUGCUUGCAGCGUACACAAUCCGGUUGGUGCUACACGGUGCGCCUCCGCGAGGCGCGCUCACCUCUGUCGUCCUCCCCCUAGGUCCGAUCGGUCAAGGCGGGCUAGCGUUCAUCACCCUCGGCCAGCUAGCGCAGAAGGUCAUCAUCCCCCAAGACAUGGAGAUGUCUGCCAUCCCGGUGAACAGUAUCUUCGGCGUGCCGAGCAUGGGCGACUUUGCAUUCAUAUACGGAGUGGUGAGCGGAUGCUUGCUCUGGGGUUUCGGGCUGGUCUGGGCAUGCCUGGGACUGCAGACGAUCAUAGAAGCGGUGACUAAAAAGCAAGGCCCGAGGUUCGGGAUGCCCUGGUGGGGCCUCACCUUCCCCAUUGGAGUAUAUACCCUCCUAACACUCAGCCUAUCCGUCGCACUGGCCCCAACCCCGCUGAGCUUCUUCCUCGAAGCGGCCGGCACAGGGCUGGCGGGCAUCCUAUUCCUCAUCUGGCUAUAUGUGGGUACUCUCACGCUCCUACUUGGGAUAGAGGGGAGCAUAUUCGAUGCGCCAUGUUUAGAAAGCCUGGAGGAGAUACACAUAGUAGACGUCCGUGCCGCAAAUAUCUAA